GCCUGUUUGACAACGAUCACACCGUGUAAAACCAUCAAAAAUUAUCAAUCGAUCUUCGAUGAUUUUCUUGUGCUAAAAGUACGUUAUGGCUGUUGUUUAUGUACUGUAAUUUGUAGAAUAUCAUGAAAUAUCUGUAUUUUAAGAUCAGGAUCGAGUAAUCAGUAAAACACUAUGGGUCUGCUAACCGAUCCUAAACGACAGAAGAAGAUAGUGGAUGUUAUAUCUAAAUAUAACAACAUCCUGUGCGUGCUGUGCUAUCUGUGUGGAGUGGUUGGGUUUAUGGCUUUGGCCUAUCAGCCGUUCAAUGGAGCUACAUAUUUCUCUGAAAAUGCUCUCUUGCCGGGAUUGGUUACGAAUGAAUUCUACGCAGAGAUAAAUAUGAAUGCUUUAGCAGCAGAACUAAAACAGGAAUUCAACAAAGACAAGAGGAAAGUGCCCAGAGAAUGGAUUUACAAUCACUUCAGAGAAAUUGGACUGGACACUUACAUUCAGAAUUAUUCCAUAAAAUAUCCAUUGGAUAUUGCAAAGGGACAGAAUAUUCCAGGACAGAACGUAUACGGAAUCUUGAGAGCAAAGCGAUCUGCCAGCACAGAAGCUGUUGUCAUGUUAACGCCACUGCGGCCCAAGGAUUCUGACUUAGCCUCAACCACUGGCGGCAUUGUUCUGAUGAUGGCCAUGGCUCAGUACUUCAGAAGGCAGACAUAUUGGUCCAAGGACAUUAUAUUCCUGGUGUCGGACCACGAACAGAUAGGACUACAGGCUUGGCUGGAUGGGUAUCAUGACAUUAAGUCCGAAUACAUUGUACCCAGUGAUGUGAUGGGAAGAAGUGGUGCUAUCCAGGCUGCAAUCAAUCUGGAAAUUCCGGAUGGAAAUAUCCGCUAUUUUGAUGUGAAGAUCGAGGGUAUGAAUGGUCAGCUCCCGAACCUUGACCUGUUUAACCUUGUCAUCAGAAUCUGCAACCAGGAGAGAGUGGAUGUAACUCUCCACAGGAAUAAUGACCCCAUGGAUCCCCAGUCCCUGGAGGGUUACCUACAGAGUGUACAGACUAUGCUGGAGAUGAUGUGGUCCCAUGCAGCUGGCACCCCCUCUGGGAAUCAUGGACUCUUCCACAAGUAUCACAUAGAGGCCGUGACACUGCAAGGAAUUCGGAGGAAACAUAGUAACUAUGCUUUUCCUUUGGAAAGAACAGGAAGAAUCCUAGAGGGUAUUUUUCGAAGUUUGAACAAUCUCCUAGAAAGAUUUCACCAAUCUUUCUUCUUCUACAUUCUUCCUGGUACCAGAAACUACAUAUCCAUUGGGAUGUACAUGCCGCCGUUUGGUCUGAUAUGUGCAGCAGGACUCAUCAAAGCCAUAGCUAUAUGGGUAACACUGAAGAAGGACGUGGAGGAUUCUGAGGAGAAAGAAAAGAAAUCGGAAGAGGAAGAGGAGAAGGGGGAGGAGACUGAAAAGGGUGAUAAGGAAGCUGAGGCUCUGGAGAAAGAGGUCGAGGAGCUGAGGAAGGCUGUCUUGGAGGAGGAGGGGGAGGAGGAGGCCUCGUCUGAGGGGCUGAUCUCCAUCAUGCCUGUUAUAUUGAUCAGUGUAAUGAUGGGCGUGUUCUCCUAUACUGGACCGGACCUCAUCACCAUGUCAGCCCCGCCCUUCAGAAUCAAGAUGGAGGACAACAUAAGCUUUGGACUUAUGGCCUUAUACACAGCUUCUCUGAUGGUUCCUCGACUUAUAAGCAGGAAGCAGCCAGGAGCCAGUAAAAAGCUGAUUUUUGAUUGGAGGUUACUGAAGUGUGUCACCUUGCUGUUCCAGUCACUGGUUCUGUUUUCCAUUUCUCUGAUGAACAUCUCCCUGGCCUUCUUUCUAGCUGUAGUUCUUAUUCCCAUCACAGUCGUAGUACAACCAACCAAAAGAAGGCUGGUGCUGUGGGCUCAGAAAGGCAUCCUCCUCCUGGUAUCACCAGCUGUGUUACUAUUUAUAGCAUCAGUGAUCACAAGUUACGGAGGAAAAAACAAAGACUUUCUGGAUUUACUUGGAAACGCCUGGAGCUUUAUGAAGACCAAUAUGUUUCUCACAAUCAUCGACAAAUACUUCUUUGGCAGCUGGAUGUUUAGUUUAUUUUCUUUCCUUAUGUUACCAAACUGGUUGAUGUUUUGGUGUAUAGUACAUUGUCAUAUUGAUUAGAAGAUUAUUUUUGUAACAUUUUACACAUAGAGCAAUCCACAAUACAAUACAUGUGUCUUUUUGUGUGUGCAUUCCCUCCAGUGAUUAACGAAAAUGAUUCCAGGUGGACAAUAUUUAGUUUUAUAACAGCUUGAGGAAUGGAUAAGCUGGAAUACAUGUGUGAUAUUUCAUUGUUUUUGUUAACAUGUUGGACUUUUGUGUCAAUGUCUUUGCUGCAGAGAACUUGGAACAAGUACACCAUGUAUCGUAAUUGUUUAUCAUUUAUUCAUGUUUUGCAUUUUAAUUUUUUUUUUAUAACAAAUUGCCAUCAUAAUGAUCGUUAUUUACAAAUAGUCAGAAUUUUGUUUUUCAUUAUAAGACUCAUUGUUGCUUUCUUAGAUAAGUGAAGCGCUUUACGCUCAGAUUUUUUUUCCAGUCAACAAUUUUGUAUUUUCUCGGAUCGUGUGAAACAUAGUGCUGUGUGAGUAUUUCCUUGUUUUGUUAGUAAGAACACUAAAUAUUUUGAUACAUGUAUUAUAUGUGCAAUAAAUCAAUAUAAAAAAGUAGUAAAAACAAA